AUGAAUGCUUAUGGAAACUUGAAAGAUUGCGAAUGUUUCAAUGUUCGUAUCACUCCAGAAUCUCUCCCAUUCUAUCAAAAUUGUUCAUACAUCCAUGGCGGUGAGAAGGGUGUGCUCAAAAUCACGAAGGUUACAGAAUAUACUGAUUUAUCUCCGUUGUCUUUCUUGAAAAAAGUGAAUGGAAACAUUGAAAUAUUUGACACUGAACUGACGAACUUGUCGUUUUUGAGUAACCUGGAGACAAUAAUCGGGGAACGUUUUCAAGCAUUCAACAUCACUCAAAUAAGCAACAAUCCAAAAUUGAAACGCCUCGGAUGGGAUUCCUUGAAAGUGAAGGAUUCUAUUACAUCUAAACUAAAUAAUCUAUUCUCGUUUCAGAAGAUAUACCCUGACCAAAACGGAUUCUCACUCUCCAUCACUAAUAAUCAUCCAGAGUUCUGUUUCUCUACUAACGAAUUACAGACUUUUGCAGAGGGUACAGCUGCAUUUUAUGACUAUGGUGAAAUUUCCCUUUGUCCCGAAACUGCCAGAAAAGAUGGUCAGAAAGUGUGUAACUUUGACGAUUUGAACACAAUGGAAUCGGAUUGUGUGCAUGUAAUUGGUGAUGUCGUGAUUAAUGCAGAGAAUGAGAGCAAUGCUUGGAAAUUGCAAAACACAACACAUAUUUAUGGAUCAUUGAUGGUCGAGGAAACGAAGGAGCUGACUAACUUAAGUUUUUUAUCCAACUUCCGUGUAGUUGCAACGUUGAAAGUUGGUUCCCCUUCAUUAAUACAAUUUCUAGACAACAAAAAACUUCAGAAUGUGUCACUUCCCCAAAUGAAGACCCCUCCAUUUCCAAUAACCGAAGAUUCCACCCUCCGAAUUGAUGAUGGUUUUGUUAUUGCAAACAAUCCAGAUCUCUCAGAUAUAAAACAUUUGGAUUAUUGGUACACUGAGAGUGAGUGUGUCUGGCAUAUAAUCAAUAACACGAAGGCAGAUUUAUCAAAGUUUUGUGAUUAUGAAGACUCAAAUAUUUUCAACAGUAACCUAGAUGCUUACGGAAAUUUAAAUGGGUGUGCAUGCAAAAACGCUCGAAUAAGUCCAGAAUCUCUACCGUAUUACAAAAACUGCACAUCGAUUACUGGAGGUAGAAAUGGCGGAUUGAAAAUCACAAAAGUGACCGAUCAUAUGGAUUUAUCUCCUUUGCUAUUCCUGAAAAAAGUGAAUGGAAACGUUGAAAUAUUCGAUACAGAACUAACUAACUUAUCAUUUCUCGGAAACUUGGAAACUAUGAUUGGCGAGUCCAUUCAGAUAUAUAACAUAACAAAUAUACAUGACAAUCCAAAUUUGAAAAGACUCGGAUGGGAUUCAUUGAAGAACAUAUACCCAAAAGAAGCAGAAUACACAUUCAAUUUGGAGAGAAAUCAUCAAGAGUUCUGUUUGACUACCUACGAAUUACAAGCCUUCGCGUCGUCCACAGUUCACUUCUAUAAUCUGAAUGCGAAGAUUUGUCCGGAAUUGGAGAGAAAAGAUGGACAAAAAGUCUGUAUUUUUGAAUUAUUGAGUAACUUGGAUCCAACUUGUCAACACGUUAUCGGAGAUGUUUUGGUUAACUCUGAGAAUGAAAACGAAGUCUGGAGACUGAAAAAUAUGACAAACACUUACGGAUCAAUCACUGUCGAGAACACCAUCGAGCUAACUGAUUUGGAUUUUCUAUCCAACUUUCAGCAAGUGGCUACGUUGAAUUUAGGUGGUCCUGCUAUGAUACGAAUUUUAUUUAAUAAAAACCUUCGAAACAUUUCUCUGCCUAAAAUGACGACUCCUCCAUUUCCUGAUACCGAGAGUCAUUUCGAAAUAAACGGAAACUCGUUGGAUAUUUUCAAAAAUCAAAAAGAGUGCCGUUUAUUUCAAAAGCAUACUCAAUCGUAUUUGAAAUAUAAUGGAAAGAGUUGUGCAAAGUUGGAAGCAGCAGAUCCGGAAGAAAACGAAGUUGGAGGAAGCAAGAGUGAAACACUUUCAAGUGUUCAGUGGUUUUUAGUGCUAACCAUAUUCACAAUUUAUUGA